GUUGUUUCCAAAGAAACACAUUCCUGCCUGGAGCAGCACAAGCCCGGCCCACUUCUUCACCGGAGCAAAUAAAAGGCUGCUUUAGCUUGAUUUCUGUUUACAUGAAGCAGGAGAGCAGAAGCUGGGUUUCUUUGGAGACUUUUUGGAGCUGCGAUGUCUCUGCUUGGCGACGUUUGCCUGGUGACGGGAGCUUGUGGAUUUCUGGGACGGAGGCUGGUGAAGCUGCUGCUGGAGGAGGAAAAAACAGCCGAGAUCCGACUUCUGGACAAACAAGUCCAGCUGCAGCUUUUACAGAGUCUGGAGGGCUGCAAAGGCGACACCAAGCUGACUGCUUUUGAAGGCGACAUCAGAGACGCCAACUUCGUUAGAAAAGCGUGUCGAGGAGCUUCCGUGGUUUUCCACAUCGCUUCCAUCAUCGAUGUCACCGACGCCGUGGAGCCCAGCGAGCUUUAUGGGGUCAACGUCAAAGGAACCCAGCUCCUCCUGGAGGCCUGUAUCCAGGAGAACGUUGGCUCCUUCAUCUACACCAGCACCAUCGAAGUGAUGGGACCGAACCCCAGGGGAGAACCGAUAGUCAACGGGGACGAGGACACCGUCUACCAGAGCAGCCUGAAGUUCAACUACAGCAAGACCAAGAAGGAGGCGGAGGACAGAACACUGCAGGCCCACGGAGAACCUCUGAGGACCGGCGGCCGGCUGGCGACCUGCGCCCUGCGACCGAUGUACAUCUACGGAGAGGGCUGUCGCUUCCUGCUGGGCCACAUGAGCGACGGGAUCCGAAACAACGACGUUCUGUACCGGAUGUCCCUACCGGAGGCUCUGGUGAACCCCGUCUACGUGGGGAACGUCGCCGUCGGCCACCUCCAGGCUGCCAGGAGCCUCAAAGACCCGCUGAAACGAGACACCGUCGGUGGAAAGUUCUACUUUAUCUCCGACGACACGCCUCAUGUGAGCUACUCCGACUUCAACCACGUGGUCAUGGCUCCUCUGGGCUUCGGCAUCCAGAAGAACCUCCUGGUUCCUCUGAGACUCUUUUACAUUUUCUGUUUCUUCAUGGAGACUGUUUGCUUGAUGCUCCGGCCUUUUAUUCACCUCGUCCCGCCGCUGAACCGGCAGCUGCUCACCAUGUUGAACACCCCGUUCAGCUUCUCCUACCAGAAGGCCAAGAGGGUCCUGGGCUACGAGCCGAGGUUCAGCUGGGAGGAGGCCAGAAGAUCCACCAUGGAGUGGCUGGCGUCCAAUCUGCCGGCCGAGAGGGAACGGAUCGCAUUGAGAUAAGUCGUUAAAAUUACAAUUAACGACAUUUAACAUAGUUUUUUAGGUAUACUUUGUUAACAUUUAAACUACACUGUAAAAAAAAGAAUCAAAAACUAUAAUAUCCAAAAUAUCCCCGCCUCAUUAAAUACAGUCGUUUCUUUACCUAAAACACUUCUUCUGGUCUUAUUUUUCUCUAUUUUUAAAAACUAUUUGCGACAGUGUUGAACCUCAUUUCAACUUCAGUUCAUCUUUUAAUGGUUGCUUUUGUUCCAUUUUGGUUAUUUUGGGGCACAAUUUGGAUUUUUUUUUUACUCUUUAUUGUUGACUUUGUUCCAUUUGUGACAUUCUGUGUCUGAUUCGAGGCAUUUUUUUCACACUUGGUUUUGCUCCAUUUUGGUACAUUUGUGUCACAUUUGCCACAUUUAUAGUCUGAAUUUAGGCAGUUUUCAUGCUUCAGUGGUUGGUUUUGUCCCAUUUUGGUUAUUUCAAGCCCCAAAUUGUAGUUUUUUUGUCUCUUUGUGGUGAUUUUGUUCCAUUUGUUCCUAUUUUUACAUUUGGGACAUUUAUAGUCUCAAUUUAGACAUAUUUCAUCUUUAAAUGCUUGUUUUUGUCCCAUUUUUGGUUAUUUCAAGCCCCAAAUUGUAAUGUUUUUGUUUCACGUUGAUCUAUUUGUGUCUGAGUUCAUUAAUUUUAUGUCUCUUUAUGGUCGAUUUUUUCUCCUUUUGUUCCUUUUUGUGUCACAUUUGGGACAUUUAUAGUCUGAAUUUAGACAUUUUUCAUCUUUUAAUGGUUGCUUUUGUCCCAUUUUAGUUAUUUUGAGCCCCAAAUGGUUAAUUGUUUUGUCACUUUGUGAUUGAUUUUGUUCCAUUGUGGUCCUUUUGUGUAACAUUUGGGACAUUUAUAGUCUGAAUUUGGACAUUUUUUAUUCUUUUAUUGGUUGCUUUUGUCCCAUUUUGGUUAUUUUGGGCCCCAAAUUGUAAUUUUUGUUGUCUCUUUAUGUGUGAGUUUUAUGGUAUUUAGAACAUUUAAUGUACAGUUUUGUUAAUUUUACCUCUCUUUGUGCCCAUUUUGACUCCUUGUGGGUUUUU